AUGACCCACGCCAGGCAGAAGGGUUCCCUAAGCCGGUGCCACAGUGUGGGGCGGGACCAGGGUGGCACCAGAGGGCGGCCGCGUGGUGAGACCAUGGGCCGGGCGUGGCCUGAGCGCUUCCUGAAAGAGGCGGGCGCUAAGAGGGGCAUGGCCAAGAAGGGCCAAUCAAAGGAGCCGAAAGAGGUGAAGGGGGAAGUGGACAGGAAACACUACCCUCUGAGGGGACGGGGAGGCACCUUGGAGGAAGGGUUGCUAAGCAACCCCGUACAAAAACUGUCCCGAGGCCAGGCCAGCGGGAGGCGGAAGAAGGCACAGAGCGGACGAGCGCGCAGGGGGACGUCCUCAAGACGAGCGCGCAGGGGGAAGUCCUCGACAAAGAGCUCAGACAGCGAGCCAUCAGGCAGCACAAGCAAGGCGUCUAAAACCACAUCAGCAGCGCAGGACCAGGGGGCAGGCCAGGUGUCCUUUAAAACCACAUCAGGCCAGGUGUCAUCUAAAACCACAUCAGGCCAGGUGUCAUCUAAAACCACAUCAGGCCAGGUGUCAUCUAAAACCACAUCAGGCCAGGUGUCAUCUAAAACCACAUCAGGCCAGGUGUCCUCUAAAACCACAUCAGGCCAGGUGUCCUCUAAAACCACAUCAGGCCAGGUGUCAUCUAAAACCACAUCAGGCCAGGUGUCAUCUAAAACCACAUCAGGCCAGGUGUCAUCUAAAACCACAUCAGGCCAGGUGUCCUCUAAAACCACAUCAGGCCAGGUGUCAUCUAAAACCACAUCAGCAGCGCUUCUCCCGCCACCAAAGUCGCCAAAAAGAGCCCGCAGGAAGGACCUGCUGGAGGGGAAUGUACCUCCACCUCAGCGCCACCUGCUGGAGGGGAAUGUACCUCCACCUCAGCGCCACCUGCCGGAGGGGAAUGCAACUCCACUACAGCGCCACCUGCUGGAGGGGAAUGCAACUCCACUACAGCACCAGCUGCUCAGGACCCCUCCACUGGAAAGCCUCAGACGUGCCAAAGCUCCAAAACAACAACAACAACAACAACAGCAACAGAAGAAGCCCAAGGCAACAGAGAAGGAUGUCGUUGACUUAAGUCUCUGGGCACCCACGCCCCGGCGACUGGCGGGGCUCAACGCGGCAGCGCUGCUGAGGUUGACCAGCUCCUCUGCGACUAGUAAGCAGCGGGUUAAGACAGACGGCUCCUGUGCGACUAGUAAGCAUCGGGUUCAGACAGACAGCUCCUCUGCCACUAGUAAGCAGCGGGUUAAGACAGACAGCUCCUGUGCGACUAGUAAGCAGCGGGUUAAGACAGACAGCUCCUGUGCGACUAGUAAGCAGCGGGUUCAGACAGACAGCUCCUCUGCCACUAGUAAGCAGCGGGUUCAGACGGACAGCUCCUGUGCGACUAGUAAGCAGCGGGUUAAGACAGACAGCUCCUGUGCGACUAGUAAGACAGACAGUAGGAGCUCAGGUGCUUCAGCAGGAAGGAAGGUCGCUAACACAAAAACAGACGCACCAGCAGCCAAGAAGCAGCUAGAACCGGCAGGAUGGAAAGCGUCCUCAGCGGUAUCGCCCGGGUCAGCGCUAUCACCCGGGUCCGGGUCGCCAGCGGUAUCGCCCGGGUCCGGAUACUUGUCCUGCAAGAAGGGAGGCUUUGAGUCCAGCCCGAACUGGGGGGGGGCUGUGGAGGACCCCCACCUGAAUAAACCGGGGUACCAGUCGGGCCGUGUGCCGGAGUACCCGCUGAAGCAGGUGAAGGAGGAGCAGGUGGAGGCGGAGUUGAGUCCGUACUGCUGUUGCGGUCCUCCGGGCACCGCCCUGGACUACUGCUGCCACCGGCCCCCGGGCACGGGCACGCCUCCGGGCACCGCCAUGGACUACUGCUGCCACCGGCCUCCGGGCACGGGCACGCCUCCGGGCACCGCCCUGGACUACUGCUGCCACCGGCUGGGACUCUUCCUCCGCCAGCAGCCGGCCGCCUAUCCCGACGCAGAGGAAGGACCCUUUGCGCCAGUCAAGCAGGAGUGUCUGGUGCCGGCACCGCCGCCACCCUCGUUAGCGCACCCGUCGCUAGCACUGAGCGCCCACCACCCCUGCCUCUGCGCGGACCACUGCUUCCCCAGCUACUACGUCCACAUGGCCCACCCGCGGGCGCCGCAGUUAGCAGCCUUAGGGUCGCGACCUUUGCCCUAUGGCCCCCCUGCCCACUGCUCGGGGCCUGUCUCUGGCUCUAAGCUGCUAGUGCCCGGCAUCGGCCACUCCUCAGGGAUCCAUCACCCGCCCUUCUGCACCUCGGUGCGGUCGCCAUGCUACAGCGAGGCCUGCAGGGUCUCCCCCUACACCUACAGAGCGCUGCAGCCCGUGGCCACCAGGGGGUGCUCUUUCAGUACAGGCUGCUCCAGGUGCCGACAGGAAAUAAAAACAGAAGGAUACUCCACCCCACGAAGAGAACACAGUCCCUCUCUCCUGCAGGCGCCCCCUGCCGUACCCCACUCUGGGUGCCCGUUGCCCCGGGUUACGACCCCAACCAGCAUGGUUCCACACCCUCUCUCACCCCUGUCAGAGCGGCGACUGGGCGAGGCGGGCGUUGGGUUGGGCCGCGCGUGCCCCCAGGGCGGUACGCCCUCUAACGGGUCCCUGCCCGCUCGGCGCCCACGGCUGGCUCUCAAGCAGCAGGCGCCCGAGCGGAAGAAGGUCAUCCGCCGCCGUGCCACCAACGGCUGGCGCCCCCUGGGAGUGCCCGUCGAGAAGGAGGUCUUCGUAGUGGGUGAGGAUGAGCCGGUCCUGAGGCAGUGUUUUGAGGGGGUCCAGCGUGAGGGCGAGGAGAUCAGGGUGCGGGACACCGUGCUGCUGCGCUCUGGACCCCGGAAGAAGUCCCUGCCGUACGUGGCCAAGAUCUCAGCGCUGUGGGAGGACCCCAAAACAGGAGAGCUGAUGAUGAGUCUGUUCUGGUACUACAGACCCGAACACACCCAGGGGGGGCGAGAUCCCAGCAUGCACUGUGAGAAUGAGAUAUUUGCUUCCAAACAUCAGGAUGUGAACAGUGUGGCCUGCAUCGAAGACAAAUGCUACGUUCUGCCUCUAGCCCAGUACUGUAGAUAUUGUGCCUUGGUGAAGCGGGGUACGGAGGGUGUGCCGGUGGGCCUCCCCCUGGUGCCUUGCCCUGCCGACACCGCGCCCCCCCCUCACCGAAGAGUGCCCCCGGACGUCGAACCCGAGCUGGUGCACCUCUGCCGCCACGUUUACGACUUCCGCUACGGACGCAUCCUGAAGAACCUGCAGUAGGAGGCACUGCCUCUGCAUCCGUGCGCACACAGUCUCUCACACACACACACACACACACACACACACACACACACACACACACAUACUCAGAGUCGCCUGCAGGGGGCAUUGUUCCCCAUUCACAUACACCCGCCUGUUAGUGUCGGGGAUGACCUUGAGAUGACCUUGAGAGACGCACUGGCAUUGUGGGAAAUGGGCACAGCCGUUGUGGGUGUGGCUACGCCCUUGUCCCUGAAGUCUGUGGCGUGAACAUUCAUGACGAUUCAGGCCGUGUUUUAGUGAUCAUGACCGAUGAUUGGCUCCCUACUGCGGGCUCUCACAGGGGAGGGGAGGGGGGGGGGGGGGGGCGCAGCCGUGGCCCAGAUCCCCGUUCACCGCUGGCAGCUCUUAAACCGCUCUGGCCGAAGCUUGGUUCCGUUCUGGAUCCAGGCCUGGGUUGGUUCUGAUCCGACCUGGGCUCAGUCCCGAUCAGGUGCAAAUCUCCUGGAUCAGCACUGGAUGGGGGGGGCGGGUGUGUUACAGAUUUACCCUGCUGAUUAGGGCGGGGGGUGUGGGUGGGCGGGUGUAUACGGUGGUCUGCCCCCGUGCGCCACUGUGCCCCUGUGUGGAGUGCAUAUCGGCCCUCUGGCCCCGUGCGCCACUGUGCCCCUGUGUGGAGUGCAUAUCGCUCCUCUGGCCUGCCCCGGCUGCCCCCUGAGCUCUCCACGCCCGCUCUUCUGGACGGGUUCUGUGCCACACGAGGACCCGGAUCCAUGUCACAUCAGGAGGUUUUAAAGAUCCUGGCGUGAGAAAUCGUGUGUUCUGCGUGAGAAAUCAUGUGUUCUGCGUGAGAAAUCGUGUGUUCUGCGUGAGAAAUCAUGUGUUUUUGCGUGAGAAAUCAUGUGUUUUUGCGUGAGAAAUCAUGUGUUUUUGCGUGAGAAAUCAUGUGUUCUGCGUGAGAAAUCAUGUGUUCUGCGUGAGAAAUCAUGUGUUCUGCGUGAGAAAUCAUGUGUUUUUGCGUGAGAAAUCAUGUGUUCUGCGUGAGAAAUCAUGUGUUCUGCGUCGUCCUUCCAUUCUCAUGUCAAACCAGGGACAGACCGGGACAGUCGUGUCCUCCUAGUCCAACAAAAAAUCCCCUUGAAUAACGCUCCGAUGGGAACUGAAUAACGCUCCGAUGGGAACUGAAUAACGCUCCGAUGGGAACUGAUUCUGGACCAGAUCUUCGCCAGACUGGCCAAGUUAGUUAGCUGCAAGAGUUAGCUGCUGCCGGGGUCAAAAUGAAAGAGUCUGUCUGAAAGAGAACGCGCCUUCCCCCCUUACGCCCCCACGCCCUUUCCAAAACUUGCCUUAUGGCUGUAGGCAGCUAGCCCCCUCCCUGCUCUCCUUCUUAUCCAGCAAACCAAAGGACCAAAAGCGUCAGUCCAGUUCUGCCGCCUGUUCUCACAUCACACCCCAUCGCCCCACAGACCUGAAUCAGACAGGUUGGUACUCAAGGCCUGUUUCUUAUGAUGAGUCGGAAACUGGAAUGGAGGUUGGAAUGUUAAUUGGAAUCUCCAUAGUUACCACAGAGUACUCUGGAGUGAAUCUGGAGUGGAUGUUUACACAGAUAUAGUAGACGGUUACACAGAUACGUUUAUUCCCAAUUAAGUUAAGACACUUAUAGAUAUUGCAUAAAAAUAUAGUAAUAUUGUAUGAGCGCUUUAUUACUUUUCUUAUAAAUUAUUUGAUGCAUUUUUAUGUAUUUACAUUAUGAGUAUGUAUUUAUUUAUUUGUGUAUUUCACACACUUUGAAAUUUAAGAUUUAAAAAAUCUGACCCCUGCCGCAUAUUUAGUUUGUUGAAACUGAUUGGAAAUUAGACUGAUGGUUUGGUGAGCAGGGACCUUCAUCUGGUUAUUGGCAUUCCUCCUUCUAAUGUUAAAACAUCCAUACAGACAGACAGACACAGACGGACAGACAGACAAACAAGGUCACUGAAAGUCAUUUGACCCAGGUCUAACCUAUGGUCUCCUCUCUCUCUCUCUCUCUCUCUCUCUCUCUCUCUCUCUCUCUCUCUCUCUCUCUCUCUCUC